UUUCCCGUCCCGCGGCUGGAAAAUGGCGGCUUAGGAGCGGAGUCCCCGCAUCCCAUCCCGGUUCGGCGGCUGCCGUCGCGGCUCCCCAGCGCCUGACGGGCGGAGAGCCUACCCCAGCGCCAUGACUCGCUGGGUGCCCACCAAGAGGGAGGAGAAAUACGGCGUGGCUUUCUAUAAUUAUGAUGCAAGGGGAGCAGAUGAACUUUCCUUACAAAUAGGUGACACCGUACAUAUAUUAGAAACAUAUGAAGGUUGGUACAGAGGUUACACAUUAAGAAAAAAAUCAAAAAAGGGCAUAUUUCCUGCUUCCUAUAUUCAGCUUAAAGAAGCAAUAGUUGAAGGAAAAGGACAGCAUGAAACAGUCAUACCCAGUGAGCUCCCACUGAUUCAGGAAGUUACCACAACACUACGAGAGUGGUCCAUAAUAUGGCGGCAGCUAUAUGUGCAAGAUAACAGAGACAUGUUCCACAGUGUACGACACAUGAUAUAUGAUCUUAUUGAAUGGAGAUCACAGAUACUUUCUGGAACUCUACCCCAAGAUGAGCUCAAGGAACUGAAAAAGAAAGUGACUGCCAAAAUAGAUUAUGGAAACAGGAUUCUUGAUUUGGAUCUGGUUGUAAGGGAUGAAGAUGGCAACAUUUUAGAUCCAGAACAAACCAGCACAAUCAGCCUUUUUAGAGCUCAUGAAAUAGCUUCCAAGCAAGUUGAGGAAAGACUACUAGAAGAAAAGUCUCAAAAGCAGAACAUUGAUAUUAACAGACAAGCCAAAUUUGCCGCCACGCCUUCGUUUGCUUUAUUUGUAAAUUUAAAAAAUGUAGUCUGCAAAAUAGGAGAAGAUGCUGAAGUCCUGAUGUCUCUGUACGACCCACUAGAAUCAAAGUUUAUCAGUGAAAACUAUCUAGUUCGAUGGUCAAGUUCUGGGCUGCCUAAAGACAUAGACAGGUUACAUAAUCUUCGAGCUGUGUUCACUGACCUUGGCAGCAAAGACCUGAAAAGAGAGAAAAUCAGUUUUGUCUGUCAGAUUGUAAGAGUUGGCAGAAUGGAACUAAGAGACAACAACACAAGAAAACUAACCUCUGGGCUAAGACGACCUUUUGGAGUAGCAGUAAUGGAUGUAACUGACAUAAUUAAUGGGAAAGUUGAUGAUGAGGACAAACAACACUUUAUACCAUUUCAACCGGUGGCAGGGGAGAAUGAUUUCCUUCAGACUGUUAUAAACAAAGUGAUUGCUGCUAAAGAAGUUAACCACAAGGGUCAGGGUUUAUGGGUGACUUUGAAACUUCUUCCAGGAGAUAUUCAUCAGAUUAGGAAAGAGUUUCCUCACUUGGUGGAUAGGUCCACAGCUGUGGCUCGGAAAAUGGGGUUUCCUGAGAUUAUUAUGCCUGGUGACGUUCGCAAUGAUAUCUAUGUAACAUUAGUUCAAGGAGAUUUUGACAAAGGCAGCAAAACAACAGCAAAGAAUGUAGAAGUUACAGUAUCUGUUUAUGAUGAAGAUGGCAAAAGAUUGGAGAGUGUGAUUUUUCCUGGGGCUGGUGAUGACGCUAUCUCAGAAUACAAGUCAGUGAUCUAUUACCAAGUGAAACAACCUCGCUGGUUUGAGACUGUCAAGGUGGCAAUUCCUAUUGAAGAUGUGAACCGCAGUCAUUUAAGGUUUACAUUCCGUCACAGAUCAUCACAGGACUCCAAAGAUAAAUCAGAGAAAAUAUUUGCUUUAGCAUUUGUGAAGCUGAUGAGAUAUGAUGGAACAACUUUAAGGGAUGGAGAGCAUGAUCUUAUAGUGUACAAGGCAGAAGCAAAGAAGUUGGAGGAUGCCUCAACGUAUUUAAGCUUGCCAUCCACUAAAAUAGAAUUGGAAGAAAAAGGGCACACCACAACUGGGAAGAGCAUGCAAAACCUUGGAAGUUGCACCAUCAGCAAAGAUUCUUUCCAGAUUUCUACUCUUGUUUGUUCAACAAAACUCACUCAGAAUGUGGAUCUCUUGGGGCUUUUGAAAUGGCGAUCUAACACAAACUUGCUGCAGCAGAAUUUGAGACAGCUGAUGAAAGUUGAUGGUGGUGAAGUGGUUAAGUUCCUACAAGAUACACUGGAUGCACUUUUUAACAUCAUGAUGGAGAAUUCAGAGAGUGAGACGUUUGACACCCUAGUGUUUGAUGCUUUGGUAUUUAUCAUUGGACUGAUUGCUGACAGAAAAUUUCAGCAUUUUAAUCCUGUCUUGGAAACCUACAUUAAGAAACAUUUCAGUGCUACUUUAGCCUACACAAAGCUGACUAAAGUUUUAAGAAAUUACGUGGAUAAUGCUGAGAAACCUGGCGUAACUGAUCAACUUUUUAAAGCCAUGAAAGCUCUGGAAUACAUCUUCAAAUUUAUAGUACGGUCCAGAAUAUUGUUCAAUCAACUUUAUGAAAACAAAGGAGAAGCAGACUUCAUGGAAUCCUUGCUUCAGCUAUUUAAGUCUAUCAAUGAGAUGAUGAGUGGGGUCUCUGAUCAAACUGUGAUGGUGAAGGGGGCUGCACUUAAAUACUUGCCAACUAUUGUCAAUGAUGUGAAAUUGGUAUUUGAUCCAAAAGAACUUAGCAAGCUGUUUACAGAUUUCAUCCUAAAUGUUCCAACGGGUCGGCUCACAAUUCAGAAGCUGUACUGUUUGAUCGAAAUAGUUCACAGUGACCUCUUCACGCAGCAUGACUGCAGGGAGAUCUUGCUGCCAAUGAUGACAGAUCAGUUGAAGUAUCAUUUGGAAAGGCAGGAAGACUUGGAGGCUUGCUGCCAACUGCUUAGUAACAUCCUGGAAGUCCUUUACAGGAAAGAUGUGGGACCAACACAGCGACAUGUCCAGAUAAUCAUGGAGAAGCUAUUGAGGACAGUAAAUAGAACCGUCAUUUCCAUGGGACGCGAUUCAGAGCUCAUUGGGAACUUCGUUGCAAGCAUGACAGCCAUUUUAAGGCAAAUGGAAGACUAUCAUUAUGCUCAUUUAAUCAAGACUUUUGGAAAGAUGAGGUCAGAUGUUGUGGACUUUCUGAUGGAAACAUUCAUCAUGUUCAAGAAUCUCAUUGGGAAGAAUGUCUAUCCCUUCGACUGGGUUAUAAUGAACAUGAUGCAGAAUAAAGUCUUCCUGCGAGCAAUUAAUCAGUAUGCAGAUAUGCUAAACAAAAAAUUUCUUGACCAAGCCAACUUUGAGUUACAGCUUUGGAACAACUACUUCCACCUGGCUGUUGCUUUUCUUACACAAGAAUCUUUACAACUGGAGAAUUUUUCAAGUGCUAAAAGAGCCAAAAUACUUAACAAGUAUGGUGACAUGAGGAGGCAAAUUGGUUUUGAGAUCAGAGACAUGUGGUAUAACCUAGGUCAACAUAAGAUCAAAUUCAUCCCAGAAAUGGUUGGGCCCAUGUUGGAAAUGACACUGAUUCCUGAAACUGAGCUUCGGAAAGCUACGAUCCCAAUAUUCUUUGACAUGAUGCAGUGCGAGUUUCAUUCUACCAGAAGCUUCCAAAUGUUUGAAAACGAGAUCAUCACAAAACUGGAUCAUGAAGUGGAAGGAGGCAGAGGAGAUGAACAGUACAAAGUGUUAUUUGACAAAAUACUCUUGGAGCACUGCAGAAAACACAAAUAUCUUGCUAAAAAUGGAGAAACUUUUGUCAAACUUGUUGUCCGUCUGAUGGAAAGACUGCUGGAUUACAGAACUAUAAUGCACGAUGAAAACAAAGAAAAUCGCAUGAGCUGCACUGUCAAUGUACUGAAUUUCUACAAAGAAAUUGAAAGAGAAGAAAUGUACAUAAGAUAUUUGUACAAGCUAUGUGACCUGCACAAAGAGUGUGAUAACUACACUGAAGCUGCCUACACAUUACUUCUGCAUGCAAAGCUUCUUAAGUGGUCAGAAGAGGCAUGUGCUGCACAUCUUACUCAGCGAGAUGGAUACCAGGCAACUACUCAAGGACAACUUAAAGAUCAGCUUUAUCAAGAAAUUAUCCAUUACUUUGACAAGGGCAAGAUGUGGGAAGAGGCCAUUGCCUUGGGCAAAGAACUGGCAGAACAGUAUGAAAAUGAAAUGUUUGAUUAUGAACAACUCAGUGAACUGCUGAAAAAGCAAGCACAGUUCUAUGAAAACAUUGUGAAAGUGAUAAGACCUAAACCAGAUUACUUUGCUGUUGGAUACUAUGGCCAAGGAUUCCCUACAUUUCUACGGAACAAAGUGUUCAUUUACCGUGGGAAGGAAUAUGAACGUCGUGAAGACUUUGAAGCAAGGUUAUUAACCCAAUUUCCAAAUGCCGAAAAAAUGAAGACAACAUCUCCACCAGGCGAUGAUAUUAAAAACUCCCCUGGUCAGUAUAUUCAGUGUUUUACUGUAAAACCAAAACUUGAUUUACCACCCAAAUUUCACAAGCCGGUAUCAGAGCAAAUUGUAAGUUUCUAUAGGGUGAAUGAGGUCCAACGAUUUGAGUAUUCACGGCCUGUCCGAAAAGGAGAGAAAAACCCAGAUAAUGAAUUUGCGAAUAUGUGGAUUGAGAGAACCAUCUAUGUGACAGCAUAUAAAUUACCAGGGAUUUUAAGAUGGUUUGAAGUCAAAUCAGUUUUCAUGGUUGAAAUCAGUCCACUGGAAAAUGCAAUAGAAACUAUGCAGUUAACAAAUGAUAAGAUCAAUAAUAUGGUUCAACAACAUUUGAAUGAUGCAGACCUACCUAUUAACCCCCUCUCUAUGCUACUUAAUGGCAUUGUGGAUCCUGCAGUCAUGGGAGGAUUCACAAACUAUGAAAAGGCUUUUUUUACUGAAAAAUACAUGCAUGAGCAUCCAGAAGAUCACGAAAAGAUAGAAAAACUAAAGGACCUCAUAGCAUGGCAGAUUCCAUUCCUGGCAGAAGGUAUCCGAAUUCAUGGAGAGAAAGUAACUGAAGCACUAAGGCCAUUUCAUGAGAGAAUGGAGGCCUGUUUUAAGCAGCUUAAAGAAAAAGUGGAAAAGCAAUACGGUAUCAGAACAAUUCCCUCAAGUUUGGAUGAUAGACGAGGCAGUCGGCCACGGUCUAUGGUUAGAUCAUUCACAAUGCCUUCAUCUUCAAGACCUUUAUCUGUUGCAUCAGUAUCAUCUGUCUCAUCGGACAGUACCCCUUCCAGACCUGGCUCUGAUGGGUUUGUGCUUGAACCUCUUCUGCCAAAAAAGAUGCAUUCUAGAUCUCAAGAUAAGUUGGACAAGGAUGACCUAGAUAAAGAUAAGAAGGAAAAGAAGAAGGAAAAAAGGAACAGCAAACACCAAGAGAUAUUUGAUAAAGAGUUGAAAUCUGCGGAUAUUUCUCUGCAACAAUCUGAAGCAGUGAUCCUUUCAGAAACGAUCAGUCCACUGAGACCACAAAGACCAAAGAGCCAAGUUAUCAAUGUCAUUGCAAGUGAAAGACGUUUUUCUGUCUCUCCGUCAUCUCCAGCUUCUCAGUCAACACCACCUCCAAUCACUCCAAGGACCAAACUUCCUUUCAAUUUACAGUCCAAUCUGGAGCUGAAUGGUAUCUCUAGUUUGGAAAUGGCAGACAUUCCUCCUCCUCUGCCUCUCAAAGGUAGCAUGGCAGAUUAUGGAAAUCUCAUGGAAAAUCAAGAAUUGAUUAGCCCUACAACACCCCCCGCUGCACAUCAAAGGCACCUGCCACCUCCAUUACCCAGCAAAACUCCACCACCACCUCCUCCAAAGACUACUCGAAAGCAAACAUCUGUUGACUCUGGGAUUGUCCAGUGAACAAGAAAGCAUUUCUCCAAAGAUGAAGCUGUAAUAUUUCAUUUCCCUAAAUAUUUUAAGGUAUAUAACGGUUACCUCAUUCACGCCUGUAGUGUCUAACAUUUAGUGAAAUGAUUCUAACUCUGAACGGAACUCAUUUGUAACAGUAAAUCAGUUUUCUAAAGAGAUCAUGCCACUGGAAUAAAGCUGUCACAGGAUAAGGUGACCCAUUGCUUGGGCGGAGCUUGUGACCUAUUUUCAAAGCAAGGGGGCAUUUGUCAACUGAUAAUACACUAUUCCUUAUUCCAGAACAUUUUGCUUUGUCAUACCAAACUACUUAACAGAAAAUAGAAAUGGAUACUGGUGUGUAAAAAUGACCGUUGGGCACUAUGGGCCUGAUCCCAACACCUGUGGAAGUCAGUGAGAAUACUCACAUUGAUUUCAGUGGGUAUUGGAUUGGGCCUAAUAACAAUACUAAGAAGCAGCAUUAUGAUAGCUUCAAAUAAAAAAUGUGUUCAGCGCAUUACACAUUCAGAAACCUGAUUUUCCCGUAGCUUUUUUAAUUGCUCUGUGUUAUAAAUAAGCUGAUUUCUGAUGAGCUUUUUUAAAACUUUCAUUAGUGGUUGGGCACUCCUCCUUCUGUCUGAUACCAUUUUAAAUUAAGAUAACUUUUUAGCUACUGAACAGGCACUAAUUUAUAGGAAAAUAAACCAAGUAUACAAAUAUGGGACCUGAUGUGAUUCUACAACUGAACAGUUGAACAUAAGAACAGGAAGAGCUUUUUUUAUAAUGUGUAAUAUUUUAGGUGGAUUAGGACAAAUUGAAUGUUAUCUUUUUGUCCCUGUGUCAUCAUUCUGUACAGAAGUUUGUAUAUAUGAUGGUUCUUAGAAUGUUUUUAAUUUUUGCUGCCUGCUUUUCAUAUAAUAAUGAUUUAAUGUAUCUGCAAAUGAUUCCUUAUGUGUUUUUAAUUUUAACUGCUGGAAGUGUAUAAAUAGCUAACUUUUUUUUUUUUUUCUUCAAAAAUUGGCAUCUGAAAAUAUUGGACAAUGAUAAGGGAAAAGAAAAGAAAAGUAACUCUUUUUUUUUUAUUCCUCGGUGUUUUUUAUUGCCCUCACACUAUAUAUUUUUUACUAUCUACAAUCUUUAUAAUCUUACAGUAGAUUGUUUUAAAUACAUCACUGACUCAAAAAAUUAAGGAUUAUUUUUAAAAAAAGGUUUGUCUAAGAAAAUAAAUGUAUCUACUUUAUAUAUUUUUCAUCCUUUUUACGGAAGUGUUAUUAAUUUCAGGAGCUGCUUUAUUAGAUGUCUGUACUUUUAAUUUUCUGAAAUGCAGAUUUAUAACAAGAAUAAUUUGAAACUGCCUCUGAUAAAUUCUACAUUCUUACCCUAUUAUUUUAUAAUAGUUACAUAACUUGUUUAUGAUGCAUAUAUGUAGUGUUGAAAUAAAUAAGAAUUUCAACACUAUGAGGGUGCAUCUUUUAUAUGCCAUUCACAUUGCAAUUGACAGCCUAUUUCAAUUUUAAAGCCAUUGUUGUAUAAACAGCACAUAAAAUAGCUUAGUUUUACGUGGCGUUUUAAUGCUUACUUGAUGCCAACCAGAUAAAAAUACAAGGCAGAGAUAUGACUUAUGGAGCAGUAAAGCAACAACUUCAUUAAAUAUACAAAUAGUCCUUGUCAGCUCAACUGGUCAGAUAAAUAUGCAAAUUAUUUUGCCUUUAAGCACCAUGGAGCUUUGGAUCACAACCAAGCACUUUUUGUUACAACAGAGAGAACAUGCCACCUGACCAGAAUUUCUCCAUACAACUGAACUUCUUAAACACAAGUUACAAGUUGUCCUCCAAUUCCAGUUUACUAUUUUUUUAUUAAUAUGACCUUUGCUCCAAAGGGUUUAAGCAGAAAAGGAUUCCAGGCUAUAGUCAAUCAGAAAAGUGUUUUUUUUUUUAAGAAAGAAGAAAUUAAAUUGCAGUAUUGUAUGUAGCAAGAGAGUUUUGAAUUUAAGAAUUUUUUUUUUUUUGUUCUUGCUCUUGUUUUAAGUAACUGUGCUGAAAUCUCCUAAAUGUCAUUGUGUGUGGUAAUUUUUCCAGUCAUUUUAAUUCCACUUAAUUUCAGUUAAGAGCUGGCCUCAGAGGGCUAAAUUUUCAUCUGGACCUUAACACAGUCUCUACUUGUGCACACAUGAAAUUGCAUACAUGGGCCUGUGCAUACUUUUUGCAGGG